CACAGGCUACUUGCCGCUGGCUGCUGUACAAAAGGCCGUCCAACCAUGCCCACCUCCACCACUUCUGAUGAAACCCAUAUCGAUGUUCAAUUCUCCGAUCGACGUGUGACGAUGGGGUUACCUGAUCAAAACAAUGAUUCUAACGUCCCUUUGUUACUCCAGCCAUCAUAUGCAAGAUCAAAAUCCCUACUCUUUGAUGAACUGCGCAAUUUUCGAAUAAGCCUCAAAUGGUGCGCCCUUGAUCACUCCUCUUGCAUAGGAAAAUUCGUAUCAUAUUUGACAUGCAUAUUCUUCACCAUUAUUGUCCCCAUCAUAAGCUCCCUCUCUAUUCAAGUACCAUCCGAUUACCCCAUAUCUUUGAACAAACUGGUGCAGUUUCCUGAGUCUGGCUUGGCUCUAAUAGCUUUCUUGACCCUAUCCGGCUUUUUCAGAAAAUAUGGUCUUCGCCAGCUCUUGUUCCUGGAUGGGCUACAAGACGAUUCUUUAUUUGUGAGACGUGGAUACUCCCGGGAGCUUGAUAAGGCUUUUCGAUACCUGGCAUGCAUUUUACUACCAUCCUUUUUGGUGGAACUUGCACACAAAAUCACUUUAUUCUCCACGGUGAAAAUAUCACUACCUUACAUUAUCGGUUCAGGUGUCCCCUGGAAUUCUAUCAUGUUUGUGUUGGUGUUGGCUUCGUGGGUUUACAGAACAGGUGUUUUCCUGUUGGUCUGCGUUCUGUUUCGGCUGACUUGUGAGCUCCAAAUACUUAGAUUUGAAGGGCUUCAUAAGUUGUUCGAUGGAUGUGAAUCGGAUGCUGGAGUCAUAUUCAGGGAGCAUGUUAGGAUUAAGAAGCAGUUGUCUGUUACCAGUCAUAGAUAUAGAUUCUUUAUCAUUGCUUGUUCAGUUACCAUUACCAUUAGUCAAUUGGGAGCUUUGCUGCUGGUUCUGGCAUUCAAGUCGGACAAAACUUUCAUUAAUUCAGGGGAUCUUGUGAUUUGUUCAGUGGUGCAGUUAAGUGGCUUCUUCUUAUGCUUACUGGGAGCAGCUAGAAUCACACAUAGAGCUCAAAGGAUCGUGUCCGUAGCAACUAGAUGGCAUAUGAUCGUUACAUCUGCAUCCGACAGAUCAGACCAAGGGAAACGCCUUAUCCAGGAUGCUGAUGGGACUCUAGUAUCCAACUCUGCUGAUAUUGAUGCCGAUUCAUCAGACAUUUUGGUGUCAGAUAAUUCUUCACAGGAUCCAUCUUCCUACCAAACCAGGCAGGCUUUCGUGGCAUAUUUGCAACACAACAAUGGAGGAAUCACACUAUUUGGAUUUGCGCUUGACCGCGGAUUGCUUCAUACACUCUUUGCAUUUGAGUUCUCUUUGGUGAUGUGGAUUCUGAGCAAAGCGGUGGUUCUGUCCUGAGCAAUGUCUCUUUUUUCACAAGUCCCUUUACCUUAACCCUUCCUUAAAUAAAUAAAACUCAGCAGCACAAAGAGAUCUGGAGAAGAUGUAGAUCUGCUUUGUUCAUUGUACACUAAUAUGUAUAUGAAGAGUUUCAUUCAUAUUUUUCUAUGGGUAAAACCAUUUAAAGAAUUUAAUUAUUUUAU